UCUGAGCUGUGGAUGCAUGAUUCCUGCUGACAUCAAUGUCCAAAUCCAAAUGUGCCCUGGGAACCUUUGGACCUGCAAACAGAGCAGAAGUUGAACUCUCCCUGAAAAGACAUUUUCAGUUGAAAACUGAAAGUUCUUAAAAGCUUCUUAAGUGAGAAUUGUUGGCAACCAGGGGCGGAGGGGGUCUCUCAAGGAAACUGCAAUGACUAUUCAAGCAUCAAGAGUUUUGGAGUGAUUAAAUGGCACUCGGACACGGCUCAAGGGAGUCUGUUUCAGGUGACCAGGAGGUUACAUCUGCUGCUCGGAGCAAUGAGCAGGUAGGAGCAGCUACACAACAUGUAGCUCUACGGAAAAAGAAGACACAGACAUGCAAGUGCUUGAUUGCAUCCCUUAUCGUCCUCAUCAUCAUCCUCAUAGUCAUAGCAGCUACACUGGCCUGGUACUUCGUGGAAUAUCGGGUUUGGACAUUAGAGCCUCGAGUCCAACAGCAGUACACAGCUUACAUAACCAUCCUCAACAGAACCUUCUCACCAGAUCUGUCUUCUCACAACAGCCCUAUGUUUAAAACUGAAGCAAAAUCCAUACAGAACACAUUAAAGAAGAUCAUGAGAGACUCACCUGUUUCUAGAUACUUUAACUACACCACUGUCUUUGCAUUUGGGCAGGGGAGUGUGGUCGCUCACUUUUGGAUAGUACUUUCUGUACCCAGCAGUCAUAUUGAGAAAGUCACAGUAGAAAAGGUCACCAGAAGUCUGAAGGACGGCUUUAGGUGGUACAGUGGGUCAAAGGGGGACGACACAGCAAACCUGAAUGGCUACCUAUUCCAACUCUCUACAUUGUUUGUUAGUGAAAUUGACUCCAAAGCUUUAGAAGUUUUGACAGCUUCAUUUGAUUGUUAUCGUUAUCAAAAGGUGGCAUCCAUCAGCCCCAUGGCUCUCCGUGGCCCUGAAACACAUCGCUCCUCAUGCCUGUGGCACCUCCAGGCUGACCCGGGGUCACAGCUGGAGCUGCACAUGGAAUGGCUGCUACCUGAGUGCCGUGACCGACUUGUUAUUUAUGACUCACUCACACCAUCUGAUCAUCAUCUCAUUACAUCGGUGUAUGGCUGCAGCAGACAUGAGGAUGUGGUGCGUGUCCUCUCAUCAGGCGAGUGGAUGACGGUGGUUUGGAAACAAGGCCUUUACAAUUAUAAGGACCCUUUCUCUUUGUCUGUGCAGGCCUGGCCACAACAGGACUGCAACUCGUCGAUUGACUUGAAAGAAGUACAUGGGACCCAGGGGACUCUACAGACACCUUUCUUUCCCAGCUUCUACCCGCCUAACACAAACUGCUCCUGGACGUUCAUUAUGCCGGGUGCAUCAACGGGCUUGGCUCUGGAGUUUGAAGGCUAUGAGCUAAGAAGAGCAAGUUACAAUCAGGCCUGCACACAGGGUCAAUGGAUAAUCCAGAACCGAAGAUUGUGUGGUACUAGAGCUCUUCAGCCUUACUGUGAACGCCUCUCUGUGUUGGCAAACUCAACCACCAUCAUUAUGACAUCUGAAGUGUCACUGACCGGACCGGGCCUUCAACUUCACUAUAGCACCUUCAACACUUCUGACCCUUGUCCAGGGCGGUUUCUGUGUUCUAUCAGUGGUCUCUGUGUCCCCCAGUGUGAUGGAAUCAAGGACUGUCCCAACGGACUGGAUGAGAGAAACUGUGUGUGUGUGGCACAGUACACCUGCCCUGAGGACAGUCAAUGUGUCGACUACUAUAAAGUGUGUGACCAACACCCAGACUGCCCUGAAGCCUCGGAUGAGAUGAACUGUACUGAUGGUGUGGAGUGUACGGAUAUGACAUAUGUCUGUGCUGAUGGAACAUGUCUGAAGAAGCCAAACCCAGAGUGUGACUCUGUCACCGACUGCCCCGAUGCUUCAGAUGAAAAUCAAUGUGACUGUGGCCUCAGACAGUUCUCCAGCCGCAUCGUUGGAGGCAGUGACGCCUCAGAGGGGGAGUGGCCUUGGCAGGCCAGUCUACAGGUGCGGGGAACCCACAUUUGUGGAGGAGCGCUGAUCUCCAAUCAGUGGGUGGUGUCUGCAGCCCACUGCUUCUAUGAUGAUCGUCUGUAUUCCCCUUCAGUUUGGACUGUGUAUUUGGGUAAACUGCUGCUAAACCGCAGCAGCCCCACAGAAGAGGUGGCUCGAGUUAAACAAAUACAUCUUCACCAUUACUACGAUGAUGAGUCUCAUGACUACGACCUGGCCUUACUGAAGCUGGACCGGCCUGCGUAUGCACUGCUAACUGGAUAUGCUCGCCCUGCCUGCCUGCCACCGCCCACCCACCAGCUGGAGCCAGGCCUGCUUUGCUGGGUUACCGGCUGGGGAACACAGCAAGAGGGAGGCAGUGCAAGUAAUGUGCUGCAAAAAGUGGACGUUCGUCUGGUCAGCGAGGAAGCCUGCAUUCGCUCUUAUGGCUACAUAGUCACUCCCAGGAUGCUUUGUGCUGGUUAUCGUAGUGGUGGGAAAGAUGCCUGUCAGGGUGACUCUGGUGGGCCCCUGGUUUGCCAGGAGCCUUCAGGGCGCUGGUUCCUGGCCGGAGUGGUGAGCUGGGGCAGAGGCUGUGGCCGACCAGACUACUACGGUGUCUACACCCGCAUCACCAGACUCACUGACUGGGUCAAGCAGGUCAUCAGCAGCUCAUAAAUCACUAAGGAUCAGUCCACCUAUGGCUUAAAGUGAUGAUAAAGGUGUUAUUACUUCUCAGCAAAGAUUUGAGUUAAAGCAAUAAAGCAGUGGUUUUCAACAUU